UCGCGGCUGCUGCGAGCGUCUCGGAGCGGCGUUGGCGGCAGGAGUGAUGCUGGGCCGGAGUCGCCUACCCUUCGUCUUCCUGGCCGUGGCCGUCACCUGCGCCGUGGCGCAGCACGCGCCGCCGUGGACAGAAGACUGCAGGAAAUCAACUUACCCUCCCUCUGGACCAACCUAUAGGGGUCCAGUCCCGUGGUACACCAUCAAUCUUGAUUUACCGCCCUACAAGAGAUGGCAACAACUGAUCACUGACAAGGCACCAUCGCUAAGGAUUAUCGUGAAUUCCCUGAAAGAUGUAGUAAAUGCAUUUGUUCCAAGUGGAAAAAUUAUGCAGAUAGUGGAUCAAAAGUUGCCUGGUCUACUUGGCAACUUUCCUGGCCCUUAUGAGGAGGAAAUGAAGGCGAUUUCAGAUAUUACUGGCAUACCUUUAGGAGAGAUUAUUUCAUUCAAUAUUUUCUAUGAAUUUUUUACCAUUUGUACUUCAAUAAUAGCAGAGGACAAAAAAGGUCAUUUAAUACAUGGGCGAAACAUGGAUUUUGGAAUAUUCCUUGGGUGGAAUGUAAAUAAUAACUCCUGGGUCGUGACUGAGGAGCUAAAACCUUUAACAGUGAAUUUGGACUUCCAAAGAAACAAUAAAACUGUCUUCAAGGCUGCAAGCUUUGCUGGCUAUGUGGGCAUGUUAACAGGAUUCAAACCAGGACUAUUUAGUCUUACACUAAAUGAGCGCUUCAGUACAAAUGGUGGUUAUAUGGGUGUCAUAGAAUGGAUUUUGGGAAAGAAAGAUGCCAUGUGGAUAGGGUUUAUCACGAGAUCAGUUCUGGAAAAUAGCACCAGUUAUGAAGAAGCCAGGAAUAUAUUGAUCAAAACAAAAAUAUUGGCCCCAGCAUACUUCAUCCUGGGAGGCAACAAGUCUGGGGAGGGCUGUGUGAUUACACGAGACAGAAAGAAAUCUUUGGAUAUAUAUGAACUUGACCUCGAGCAGAGCAGAUGGUAUGUGGUAGAAACUAAUUAUGACCGUUGGAAAAAUCCCUUCUUCCUUGAUGAUCGCAGAACAGCUGCAAAAAUGUGUCUAAACCAGACAACCCAAGAGAGCAUCUCAUUACCAACCAUGUAUGACAUCCUGUCAACAAAACCUGUCCUCAAUAAGCUGACUGUAUUCACAACGUUGAUGGACGUUGCCAAAGGUCAAUUCGAAACUUACCUGCGGGAUUGCCCAGACCCUUGUAUAGGUUGGUGAGCACACAUCUGGCCUCCAGAAUGCGCUGACAUCAAGAUGGGAGCUCACCUGUGGCUGACUAGUGCACCUGUCUGAUCUCUGACCAAAAACUAAGACUCAGGGCAGGUUCUUUUUAAGGCAUGAGCUUGACCUUCUUGGUAUGUUUACAAUUCGCAGGCUAUAUGAACAGUUGAUUGUUCUUAUUUACAGAUAAUUUAAGUGAAGUACAAUAAUCAUUUAGAAUUUGUUGUUUCAUUUCACUUUGACAUUUGGGGAUGGGCAGUUAAACUAUUGUGGGACCCACUUCCACGGAAUAAAGCCAGAGUCUCUGUGGGCACAAAAUUCAGUAUAUCUGUGUAAUAGUCCACAUUGUUUUUCACUUUUACCUACAGAUUUGCACGUUUUUCUGUAUAGCAGUCUUUUCCUCCUGGUACUAACUGCUACUGAAGUUAAUAUCCAUUGUCUUUGCUGUUUGUGACAGCGAUGUUAUUUCACUAACUUUGAUUGGAGGGAGAUGAGACAUUCAACUAUGUAUUUCCUUAAUGCCCAAUACCUGGGCCUUUGACUCUGAAUAGAAGUACUUUUUGGGGUUCGUGACGUUAUCAGUAUGCAAGGCAGUCUUUUAUACACAAAAUGGAAGUGUUUCCUUUUUUAUAAUUACCCUACCUCCCAGAAACCCCAGGAAGUUGAGCUUCAAACACUGAGUCCCAGGUUCUGUGAAUUAACAGUAAAUAAACAAGUCAGAUGUGGAAAAUGGGAGAUGAACCCAUUAUUUUAAACUUUCCUAGGUAUCAUCCACUUAAUAGUUUGAGUUUUUCCUUCUGAUCAAUAUGUAUUUUUUAAAAACUAAGUACAGUUACUAAAAAUAUUUUCAGAAAUCAAUAUAUUUAUGAAAAAUGCAAAUUGAAAUUGUUAACGUUUCAAACUUUGACAAUUAACUGUGAACUGCAUGCCGGUUGGGCGUGACUGUAUCCACUUCAUUUCCGUGUCGGCUAUAAUCAUGAUGUUCAAUAAAGCCGUGUCAGCAGUCUUGUAUGCCGA